AUGGACUUUCAGAAAACCACGAAGCCCAACUGUGCGCGUGGAGGAGGUGUGGCCCAGUGGCGCGACAUGGUGGUUGGAUAUAUGGGCGUGCCAAAAUGUUCUGGAGUCAGCAUGCCACAACAUCCACAAUAUGUUACAGUCAGGAAUGAACGGGGAAGAGAGAUGUUGAGUCUGGUGGAGAACUUACUAGAGAUUACUCCAACAAUUAGUGCUGCUGAUGAUGAAGCUAAGUUAGGAAGAGGUCCUUCUCAACCUGCCCCAAAAUUUAUUGGAAAUCUGCUGGCUUUUAUACUAAACUUGAUCGGUCCAAAGGGUCUUGAAUUUGCACGUUAUUCACUGGAUUAUCAUACCAUUCGCAACUAUCUUCACGUGAAUCGUUUGUGGGGAAAGGAAAGGGCUGAUAGGCACAUGCCUACAUAUGCUAAGAAAAUUGUGGAAAUGUACAACCAAAAUGGUCAAAUUGAGAAGAUGCUUUCUGACAAGUGA